AUGGGGUUAUCUUCUAUUCUUCAGCAAAUUGAGAAGAGGGGUAAAUUGCCAAACAAGCCUACUCCACAACCACUGGCUAAUGAGGUAAAGAGAAGUACACCACCCGUGAGUGUAUCCAAAAGUAGCACCAGUGACAAAUCUAUUGAUCCCGUGGUUGCUCGAUUGAAAGAGAAACGACGAUUAGAGAGAGAACAGGCUGAAGCUGCCAAGACAAAGCAGAAUAGAGACAAGAGUUCUAAAUCUAAUCUGACCACUAAACAAGCCAGAGCCACUACGUCAACAAACUCGAUACAGAGACCACGGCAAAGUACAACGAAAGUAAGAACAACUGAACCUAACUGGGAUCAACCACCACCAGUUCCAGCUAAAAAGAAAUUGACUUUUAAUGACUUGAUGAAGAAAGCUAACCAAAUCGAUCAUGACAAAUUAUCAAUCAAGUUUCCACAAAAGAGUAUGUCUCCUGAACCAACGUCACCAAAGUCAUUUCCAAAGAAAAGUACUACCGUGACUAGGAAGCCAUUCACUAAUACAAAAGUAUCAAAUGAACCACUAAAUGACAAAAUAGCUACAGAUAAGAGCAAACCAAUACAAAAGAGACCUGAUCUGUCGGUUCAAAAAUCAUUGCCCAGGGUACCGAUGCCUGUAAGACAACCAAACGCGAAAAUACAAGAGCGACUCAAGCAGAAGCAAUUGAGAAGUAAACAGGAUCGAGGGUAUGGCUACGAUGAAGAUGAUGAUGAUGAUGAUGAUGAUGAUGAUUUGAGUGACUUUCUUGUUUCCGAUGAGGAAGAAGAUGUUGUUGAAGAAAGAUAUAACCGAGAUGAAAUCUGGGCCAUGUUUAACAAGGGUAAGAAACGCAAAUAUUACGAAUAUAACGAUUAUGAAGAUGAUGAUGAUGACAUGGAAGCUACCGGAGCUGACGUCUUGAAGGAAGAAUUGAAGUCUAGAUUAGAUGCUGAAAGAGAGGAUAGAAGAGAAAUGGAGGAAGAAAAACGACGGGCAUUAGAAAAACAAAGAAGAAAGAUGCAGCGCUAA